UCUUUCUCGAGCGCGCUUUUCAGGCGCGCGCUUGACUCGCGCGUCGGCGAAGUCGGCGCUGCCGAUUUCCGGCGGAGGCAAGCCCAUGUGGACGAGCGCAGCGGAUACCACGAUCAGUCCGUGAUCAAGCGUGUUCUCAGCGUGUCUGCAAUCGCACGUUCUUACGCGUCGCAGAUCCAUCUGCCCCUCCGGUUGUCCCACGCCACGCCAUCCGGACUCCGUCGCGUCGCCAUGGCAGACCUGGACGAUUUUUUCGCCAAGAAAGACCGAAAGAAGGCCAAGGGCAAGAAAUUCGCCACGACCGACGAGGUCGCUAAGAAACUGGAAGAAACGGGCAAACGGGUCGAGAAGCCGAAACCGAAGGAGAAGCCAGCGAAUCCCGAAGGCGAGGAGUCUCAGCACACCGAGGAUGAAGACGAAUGGAAAGAGUUCGAGGAGGAGAAAAAGGAUUAUAGUGGUUUAAAAAUCGGACAUUUAACAAUAAAUGAUAGCGUUGAUGCAGAAUCGGAUGACGAGAGGGGUACCUUUGAAAUCAAUUCUGAUGGCGAGAUUGGCGAAGGUGGCACAAAGUACACGGGACCAUGGAAGAAACCAGAUUUACCACCAGAAACACCGGAGGUGGUGCCGACACCGCCCGCACCCCCUGUUGAAAAAAAAACCGCCGCCGCCGCCGCCUCCACUGGAAGUAGUUACAAAGCACCACACUUACGAAAUCAACCUACAUUCGCUAGUCCGCGACCACGAGGGAGAAAUGUCGCACCCGAUAUAAAUAGCGAGGAAUACUUCCCUACGCUGAACUCCAAGCCCCAGCAGCAAAAUAAUGGCAGCGGUCCAUGGGGCAGACGACGGCGAGAAGAAGGAGCGUUUGAGGAAGUUCGUAACCGAGGUGGCAGUAGAUCGUACAACGUACCAGAAUCGCAAGCUCAAACACCCAAGCUCUCGCUUGGCAACAAGUACGGCGCCUUGUCGCAAGAUCAGAGCUGAAAAUGCCUGUCUCGAUGGAAUCAAACAACAUGCAAUCAAUAUCACAUCGUCGCCCCUCCCUGCUUCAUGGCCCAACCUCAUCGAGAAAAUCUAUUUUCUAGACUAGGACGCAGUGUAUAUUAUAGAACGUGUAUGCACGUACACACGUCCCAACUUCGUGAAAUUCCGAGGAUGCUAAUUCCGGUUCUCUCGUUGGCGAUUCUGAAAUGAUCGCGGGACGGAUCGUCGAUCCUAGGUAUUUGCACACACGUGCGCUCAUGGACCUUGUAACUAACUCGAAAUGAAUAUCGCAUGUGCGCAAGCUUAUUUUCAUACCGUAUAGACGUGGUUGGAAAUCGAUUUUUAUAUUUGAUUUUGUAAUCAGCAUAGUGUGUAGUAUGCUGCUUCCAAGAAAGCGCCAGGACGAUAGAAAAAUGGAUUCCGACGUUCGAAUCCUCAAAAAGAAAAAAAAAAGAAAAAAAACAACGGCGGACCGGAACAACGUUGUUACCGCGAGUAUAUGUUAUCGUUACGCGCGGAUUGUAGUCUAAAGAAAAAGUAUCGUUCGUUAAGGUAUUUUAUGUAUAUUCGCACUUUCUUUUUUUUAUACGGUGCUACUUUUAAUUUAGCGUGCAUAAUUACUGCCACGAUCGAUGCCUUCUCAUUGAGUAUUAUCGAUGUAAAUAGGACUGAUCACGUUGACGUCCGAACACGAUAAGCUUCGAGAUCGGCACGAUAACGUCGAGAUCGAAAUUCACGUCAUUAAUCUGAGCGAUUCUGUGUGAGAGCUAUCUUUGAAUAACAGUCUCGAAGGAUCGCGAGAUGCUUCUUGGAUCCUUUCUCUUUCUCUCUCUUUCUCUCUGUCUCUCUCUCUCUCUCUUUUUCUCUCCACUUUCGAAGGAGAGUGUCGCUUCGCUCAAAAUGGCAACGUGGGUCAACGAACGAAAAUUUUUAGAUAAAUUAAGCUAUAAAUAUAUAUAUAUUGUAUGUAUAUUAUUAAUCAAAUUUCGUGGGGCUGGGCUUUCGAACGGUGCGGAAUCAAUAAGGGUAACGACGAAAUAACACGAACGCAACUUUGAGUGAGGGUAACGAGGGGCAAAAUAGUUAAUUAAAAACCUAAAACACAAGCUACCGUGUCGCAGUGGUGUUGUGUACAAAAUAAUAGGAGGGAGAAAGACAUACGCAUACACUCGUGUUGAAACAUAAAAUGGAAAUCCUAUGUACGCCUUUGUUGACAUUUGUAUAAUUCUCUUUUUGUUGAAAAUAAGAGUUUCUUUCUCACGAUAAAGAGAAUAUGCGGCAAAUAAAUAUCGAUUCCGUUUCUUGGGAGACGGUUUCUCGUUGUUGGCGGAUCCUCCUCGGCGGGGUGACGCGUGUUAUUACGCAAUGAGGGGAAUGCCAUACGGAAACGGUAGAUAAUAA